UAACCCGUCAUGGCUUCCCAAACACGCCUCUAUAUGCACCGAUUCCACGCCUGCUGCCGUCUACACCGACAAAACUCUCAUCCGCGGUACUGGAGAGCGUUCAAAACGAUGACCUUGACCUAUUUAUAAUCGGGAACUGUCUGAUUUAUGACUAGCAUUGAUGGAUUGUGCACUUGCCAUUGCAAAUGCAGCUGCACCGGCCGUGGAAUCACAUGCAAUGCUCACCGGAUGCGCUCGGUUUCAUCUGUUAUAGUGGAAGACUCUGUUGUAAAUGUGCCAGGAGGCACCUAUAAAACUGUAAAUCUGCUGUCCACGCGUCAUCUAUACAGUUCCCGGCGCGCUUCCUCGUUUCAGGCCAAUUGCGGGACGGGCUGAAGCACAGAGGAGGGGGGUGGUCUCCGGUAUCCGGUUCUUUCCGUAAUCCUGCGCCGGUGGAAUUUUAAAUCCGUUCCUCCAGCGGGAUCUGCUCAAUGGAGAUUGUUUACUGGAACUGCUACAUUGUUCUUUGGAACGCAUAAUUGUUUCAUUGUAACAUUCGCAAGAAUGCGCGUUGUUGUUUUUAGAACGUUUAAUUGAUACAUUGUCACACUCGCAGACGGAGCAUUGUUUAGAACGUUUAACUGUUGUAUUGUAACAUUUGCGGUAAUGUUUAGAACGCUGAAUAGGCUAGUUGCAUUAUGGCUUCCGCAGAAUGAGCGUUUAAUUGUUGCACUGUAGCAGUGCAGAAGUGAGCAGAGCAGAGCAGCCCACCGGGAUCCGGUGUAAAUAUUCAACAAAUGAUAGAGGAGGAGUCGGUGCACGAUAAAAGGGAUGUGAACCUAGAGCAGAGAGCUUUGGACUAGGUUUAAAGCGCGCGCUCUCUGUUUUCUCUUCAGAGGACGUUUGGUGGAAGCCGUGCUUUUAUGAGAGGAUUUGGGCAUUAUCGAUCGGAUAUGAGUGAUCAUGCAUGCAAAGUGACACGAGAUUGACUGAGCUCCACUUAGUUUCAAAUCUCUGAAAAACUCUUGAGUGGAUUUAUUUCUGUUCCUUUUUUUCACCCGUUCUGAAGCUUAUGAUACAAUAGUUUUUCAGGAAACAUAUUUGCAUCCGUUCUGUAUAGGAUGCACCCAGAAAGCAAUGAAAACCCCGCGGGAGCAGCCAGUGGGACACCCGGUUCGGAGGAAUCGACCGCUGAACCGCAGGCUGAACAUACUGAACAGCCCCCUGCGAUGGAGUACAAAGACCCGCAGGAGUACGAGGAACCGGAGCGUAAGCUCACCCCGGAGGACAGCACGGUGCAGCUGAUACAGACCGGCUGCACCGACAAGCGUCCGGAGACGCCGCCCGGCGCACACCCGGGACCGGGGUUCGUUCCCCCGGAGGGAGGGUUCGGCUGGGUCGUGGUGUUCGCUGCUACAUGGUGCAACGGCUCGAUUUUCGGCAUACAGAACUCAUUCGGUAUUCUGCACAUGAUGCUGGUGAAAGACCAUCAGGAACUCACGGACAAGGCGUCUCAGUUUAAAGUGGCAUGGGUUGGAGCUCUGGCGAUGGGGAUGAUAUUUUUCUGCUCUCCGGUGGUCAGUAUGUUCACCGAUCACUUCGGAUGCCGGAAGACGGCCGUCUGCGGAGCGUUUGUGGCCUUCCUUGGCCUUCUCACCAGUUCCUUCGCAACCACGCUGGGUCUUCGAUACCUCACAUACGGAAUACUGUUCGGCUGCGGAUCCUCGUUUGCGUUUCAGCCGUCUCUGGUGAUCCUGGGGCAUUAUUUUCGACAGAGACUGGGCUUGGCCAACGGCGUGGUGACCGCAGGCAGCAGCCUGUUUUCUAUGGGGCUCCCGGUGCUGCUGAAGAAAGUGGUGGGACCGCUGGGUCUUCCCAGAACCUUCCAGAUCCUCAGCAUCUUCAUGCUGGUCCAGUCGCUGCUGGCCCUCACCUUCAAACCGCUCAUGCCCAUCGGGAUGUGCCCGAUGCCAGGCAUGGGAAUGGACGGAGGCCCCCCGUCUGGCCUGGAGUCAGCGAGCAGGUGGCAGAAGGGCCUGGCCAAAAUUAGGAAGUACUUUAACAUACGAGUGUUCAGCGUGCUGACCUAUCGGGUGUGGGCGUUCGGAGUCGCCACCGCGGUGCUGGGAUACUUCGUGCCAUACGUGCACCUGAUGAACUUUGUGAAGGAGCGGUAUACAGACACUCAGACGGAAUGGGUGCUGCUCGUGUGCAUCGGAGCGUCGUCUGGGGUCGGUCGACUGCUGUUCGGGAAGAUCGGAGACCUCAUUCCUGGAGUAAAGAAAAUCUACCUGCAGGUGGCUUCGUUCAUAUUACUGGGUCUGAUGUCCAUGAUGAUACCUCUGUGCGCCGUGUUCGAGGCUCUGGUGGUGGUUUUCGUAUUGAUGGGUUUUUGUGACGGCUGUUUCAUCACUAUCAUGGCCCCUAUCGCCUUCGAGUUGGUCGGGCCAAUGCAGGCGUCGCAAGCCAUCGGCUACCUCCUCGGCCUCAUGGCCAUACCAAUGACAGCGGGACCACCAAUCGCAGGCCUUCUUCGUGACUAUUUUGGAAACUACAAUGCGGCGUUUUAUCUGGCUGGUGUUCCUCCAAUAGUGGGGGGUAUCGUGAUGUUUUUUGUGCCUCUGGUGCACCAGCGCAUGCAACGACGGCAGAAAGAGGCCAACGACCCCAGCAUGGACAAGAUGCUGAAGAACUGCUCUAACGGAGACAUGCUGCCAGGAUACACCGACAUGGAGACACACAUAUGAAGCCCACAGACACACAAAGGGAUUGAUCUCACCAGCACUGCUUGUGGUGUGUGUCAGAGAUGGUGUAUUUCCUCUUUGCUUGGCUCUAAUCAAACUCGAGGUCUCAAGGCUUUUCCCCCUUGCUCUUCUUCUGUGCUGGAGAGAAGAUGUGAUCAUCCGUCAAGAGCCCAAUCUCUCCUCCAGUGGCCCGCGCUGCCGUUUCCACCAGCUCCCGAGUGACUGAACGACUUCCGCAUGCAGAUUUGUGCCGAGAUCACCUGCUCGUGUUUCUCACGGGAAGCUGAGCAGAGACUGAACGGAGAGCUCAGGUAGUGCGGGAGCCAUCCUUAAAUUAGGACCUUUAAAAAGGAAACAAAACCUUCAUUAAUUUGACGUGUUUUACAGAGAAAAAGAGCUUAAUAGAUCUUUAUUUCCAUUUUUUUUUUCUAGAUUAUGCAAAUCAGAUUUGUAUGCUUUAGAUGUUUUCAUAAUACGAUUUUUAAAAAAUCCUCCACAGCGUAAGACUUGAUUUCAGAAACUUUUAUGAGAAAAAUCCGUCUUUCUUCGUGCACUUUCUGCUAUCGACAGUGAUAACCUCAACCGUGAUUUUUUAGCAUAACGUACCGCAGCUGUUAGUGUAUCGCUUUUGAAUUAUGUAGAAAUGCACAUUAAACGAGGAAUCAUUUUUAUGAUUUUUUUUUUUUUUAAAAAACCUAAUCUUCUGUCCUUAAUAAUAUCUGCUAGAUUUAUUUCAGUGAUCAGCUAUGCACUAAGGAGUUCACAAACUGUGCCAUGACCUUUGAGCCAGAAUCAAUAUUCAUAAGAUGGGUGAAUCUCAUGAAAAAAUUGCAAAAGGAAAUAAUUUAAAAUUAUAUUUUGCAUAAAGACUUCUUUUUUUUGCUUUGUGACAAUUUUCAUGACAAUUAAGCACAUUUUCCAUCAAAUUCAUAUGGGAAAACAAUCUUAUUUUCAUAAUCACAAUACAGUAAUCUGUAGUCUAAGUCAAAUCUGGAUACAUAAAUCAGUAUAAAAUUAAAUCAAAUAAAACAAAUACCAGACUAUAAAAAAAGAUAUUUUAAAGUUGUAACUUAAACUAAGAUUUAGGGAUGCACCGAUAUGAAAAUUUUGGCCAAUACCGAUAACCGAUAAUUCUUUAUGUCUGAAAGCCGAUAACCGAUAUAUUGACCGAUAAAUCGAAAUCCAAAUUUUUAUGUAAUUUUUGAGAGUCUGAUUACAAAGACAUGAAAAAAAUACAUGUCCCAAAAAGCCAUAAUGGUGGACAGUUUCGCAUCUGAAGUGUCUCAGCUGAAGGAAAUAAUCCAUUAUUUAUCAGCUUUAAUAUAUCGGCCAAAUUUUCUUAUGGGGCCGAUAACGAUAACAUUAAAAAUGAACAUAUAUCAGCUGAUACCGAUAUGGUGGCCGAUAUAUUGUGCAUCCCUACUAAGAUUAUUGGAGUGUGUUCUUACUGGAGAAAAUACUUUUUUAUUCUUUCUACUUAAAAAAAAUCAUGUUUAAUUCAAUGUGUUACUUGUCGUUUCUUUGUGAGUGAAAAUUGUUUCAAAGUAAAUACACCAAUUUCUUUAUUCAGUGCACCAUUUAUGCAAAAUAUAAUUUCUCAUUUUUAGGGUCAAAUAUGACCUAGACAUAUUUUAACAGUUUUUUGUCAGAUCCACUCAAGGACAGAAUCACUACAUUUGCUAGAAAUGUUUUUAAAAUCUAAAUAUAUGUGUCUUUUUUUCCACAUUUGACUCCCAUUUAUUGUAUUUUUUUAAGAAUUUAUAUUUUGGUUAUAUGUGUUGUGUCUCGUUUGUUACAUUGGAAAAAAAUCUGGCAUUUGAGCUGAAUGGACUUUGAGAUUCUUAUGAAGACAAUCAAAGCAUGAUCUGAACUGAAUGACAACACUAUAAAAAUGUCACAUCUGUGAUUCUGUUUAAGAAUGGAAAGAACAGAUUGCUCUAAGCAAAACAACACAGUAGUGUUAUACAGAGUGGGCCAUGUUUAUGAGUAUUAAUGAAUUAUUAUGUCAAGAACAUGUCAUUUGAAGCUGUUUUUUCUUUUGAUUGUGUCUUUUAGUCGAUAACAUUCACAUGUCUGAUGUGUUUGGUGAGAGCAGUCAUUAGCUUUUCCUCAAUCUCUGUUCCAAAAACUAGUGAGAUGAAACAAUUCAUCUAAGAGAAAUAGACUGUUUUACUCUACAUUCGUGUGUGCAUGCUUAUUAGAGUAUCGCUGGCCGGGUAAACUACAUUUUCCGCGAGUUUGACACAUGCCCAGUACAUUGCUUUUCUAUAAUCUACAAGACAUCAGAGGGCAGCACUGAGUCGUGUCAUAUAAGCUGUUUUUCCACCAACAAUUUGUCCCAGGAACUUUUUCCCCCCAGACCUGUUGCUGUCUGCGUUUCCUUCGCGGUCUAAAGUACCGUGAAGUUUAGUCCGGUGACGUAGGACUGCGCACGACUUUCCAGUUCCCGCUGGAUUUCGUCCUCCGCAUAUAAGCUUAAUAAAGCCUGAACCGCAUCGGCCCAUCGGUAGUAAUUUUUAAACUCCAUUCUUGAUUCGAAUAGCAAACAACUCUUAAUGCACGCACCACAACAGACUUAAAAUGAAAUAAAAUGCUGCAUGGAUUCAACCAAUCAAAAUGCUGCGUGAACUCAACCAAUCAGCGCCCAAGUCCCACCCCUGAAAGUUCCUGAACUUUGAAAAAGUACUACCUCGUGAGCAGGGACUUUCUGAGGGGGAAAUUUUUACCCGGAACUUCAUUUAGACCCUGAUUCCUGCCGUUAAAACACACCGAGUACCACCCCAAAAGUCUUUAGUUCCUGGGGAAAGUUCCUGCGGUGGAAACGUGGCUUUACAGGACAUUUGCUCGGAAGGAUUGAAGAAGAAAAGUAGCGGAGUUUUAGAAUAAGAGCCAAAACAAAAAUGGAGGAUGAUAUGCUGCUUUGUUUACUGUUCUUGGAACAGCACGUUGUUUUGUAUCUCUUGUUCAACUACUGCACAAUACAUCACAACUGCGUAUUGCCACCUAGUGGACUCUUCUGUCUCGACAUUCACCUUGCACAUACGCUGUUGCACUCGGACACAAAAAUCCUGAUGGCUGACAUCAAACUAUAAAAAUCAAUUGUGAAUUGAGUGCUGUUUGCCUAUAUAGAGCAUUUCACAUCAGUCUUUCAUGAAGUGGUUAUGUAGGCAACAAGGCAGUUCACUAGUAUUUGGAACAGAGCUGUAGUUUCUCUCUUUUGCACGUAUGCUGUACUUUCCUCCGUCUAUUUGUCAACAAUUUCCCAGAAGCCCUUUAACCGCCGGUUUCAUGGAGAUCUGUCUGUAUGAGCUAAUUAAGCUUGUUUCUGGUACAUUUUCCUCAGAACUCAUUAGAUGCCCUGUUUAAAAACAAGAUAUGGUCACGAUCUUAACCAAACUGCCUCAAUCCUGCAGGUUUAACCAGGAGCAACUAGACCACAAGACACCUCUUCAGAUUAUAGUACUGUGUGAUCAUGUUAUGUGGUGACUUAAGAUGAACUGAUUGAUUGAUUGAUGUCUUUAUUGGAAAAAGAAGAAAUCGUGCAUACCUCAGAAGUCUGUUUUAUGGUUUCAUGCUGAUAUAUGUCGGACCCUGGCGCAUUUAGUUUGCGUUGUUUUGCCUCCUGCAGUGGUUUGUUUGUGCAGAUUCAUGGAUCUGAAAGCCAUGAUUCCUGUGUCUCUCUACCUGAUCAGCAUGUGAUUAUCCGUGCUCAUGAUAGCAGGCCCUGGAAAUGAAUCCUCAUCCAAACGGUAAUCCUUCCUUAGAGUUUUGAUCGUGCCAUUCUUUACUGAUGGGUGUGUUUUUAUAUGCGUGAGAGAUGGAGACAAAGAACGAGAGAGACAGACAGACACAUUCGGAAACUCAGGGAGUGCAGAAGAUUUUCAUUUUUCAUCAUCACCUGCGUAUUAUUGCAUGCUGGAUUCAUAAAUCUCUGUUAUGUAACAUUUUAUUGGUAAUGGAAUUUGGAGCCUGAAUAUUUGGGUGAAUCUCAUGAAACAACACAUCUAGGUCAUAUUUAAAAAUCCAAUAAAUAUUUAAAUAUAAUGAUAAAACAAAAAAUAUAUAUAAUUGACAGUACAAUUUAUCUAAAAUAAAAGUUUGUGUGUGUAUAUGUGUGUAUGAAUGUAUAUAUAUAUAUAUAUAUAUAUAUAUAUAUAUAUAUAUAUAUAUACACACACACACAUGUAUAUUUACAAACUUUUAUUUUGUAAUUAAUCGAUUUGACAGCACUAGCUUUUUAAAAGUUUGUAAAUAAAUAUGUGUGUAUGAAUGUGUGUGUGAGUGUGUAUAUAUAUAUAUGUGUGUGUGUGUGUGUGUGUGUGUAUAUACACAUUCAUACACAUAUAUAUUUACAAACUUUUAUGUUAGAUUAAAUUAAUCAAUUUGACAGAACUAUUUUUUUUUUAUUUAUAUUAGUGCAGGAAAAUGCUUCAUUUAUGAAAAUGAAAAUAAUGUCAAUGCAAAAAUCUUGAUGGUCCUAAAAUAAGCGUACUUUAAACUAAUUAUAAUUGCGUGGCAUUCAUGCUCACGUUAAUUUCAGAUGCUCUUGUUGCCAUAGAUACAGACUCAUGCCGCUUAUGUCUUCCAUUAAUGCUUUUGUCCGGUUUUAGCUAAACAUGUAUGUAGGGAAUGUGGUUUGUUUGUCUGUCUCUCUCUUGUCUUUUAUUCUGGUUUUGCUUUAGUUUAUUUUAACCUUCUAGACAUUUAAAGCUUAAGGCUUUUAUUUUUAUUUUUAUUUAAUGUUCACUUUCUAUGAUCCAUUAAAUUACUUUUUUUUUUUUUUUUGCAUCAAAUAAUUUUUCAUCCUGUUUCUCUCAUUGAUCUCACUUGAGUAAAAUUUUCCUCUUUUGCGUAUGACCAUUAAAAACAACUUUUUCUUACCUCACAAAACUGCCUUUUCGUCCCGUCCACGGUUUUAUUUCAAGGCCAGAUUAUAUUAUACUUUUAUUUAUCUGUUUGUUUUCCUGCAUAUUGCAAAAGGAAUCUAAUCUAGGGGACACAAUAAACUUUAUUUUUCUGUAAAUGUUAAACUGAUGCACAAACAUAGUAAAGGUCUCUUUAGCUUUGGGAUCAAUACUUUUGACCGCUUUCUGCCCUUUCUGAUGUGCCUGUACACAAAAUCCUCUGAUGUGGCUAAACUGCAUUUCCACCAGGCUUCUCAAUUAUAUCGUUUACAGUUGUCAACACAACAAAAACUGUACUUGCAUUUUAAGUACAUUUCUCAUAUAUGCAUACACACAGAUAAACCAGAGUUGACCUCUAGGGGUCGGGGAGGGGUCAAACACUGUGACCUCUUGUAUAUAUUGUGUCUGGAGAGUGUCUGUCCCACCCGGUGCUUACGUGUACUAUAGCGACACAUGUUGUAAAGCCUGAUACAGGCGAUAGGGCUUCAAUUAACAGCCAUUUCUCAUUCUAAACUACUAUAACAGGUCAGUAAAGUGCAGAACGCCAGCUGAAUUAAAGCCUCUUGCAUUGUUUUUCUCUUUCCUACUCAACUGUUCUCACUUUACACAACUAUAGCACUUGUUUUCUGAACGUCAAUCUUCAUCAUCAUCAUCAUGAAAAAUUAGGGAUUUUAAAGGAUUAUUGAGGCUGAGCUGCUAGAAAUGUAAUUUUGUGUUUAUGUGAAAAAUAUUUUUUGCUCCUGUAAUGUAAUUUUUUUUUUUUUUCUAUUCAACCAACAAUAAACAUAUUACACACCAA